UGUGGGCACAAACGGGUUUUCGAUUGGCUUGUUCAACACCUCUUUUGUCACGUUGUUUACGGCAACAGUGCUUAUUUACAUUUCCCAAUCAUAACAAAAACAGUCGUCUUUUUCGGAUGACUCGUCGCGGUUCGUUUUAGGUGAAAUUUAUUCAAGGAUUUUGGAUAGAAACGGCUAGAAUCUAAGUGAAACAGUGAACCGACGAUAACAGAUCAACAUUUAUUCUUAGGUUCAGCAAUAUCUAGAGGGCAGAUAAUUGACCAAGGUUUAAGAGUCCGCAUGCUAGAUACAUCAUAUUUCUAAAAAACUGCAACUUCAGGCCCCAUGGAUGACGAAAACGCCCUUCUGCUGGAACGUGCCACCGGUCUUAUCAAGUGUUGCAAGCUGCCCCGGUUGACCCACAGCAUCGACGAGGCCCAACUUAAGCCGGAAACGUUCCGCGCCUUUUUGGCCAUUCUCGAUGAAACCCUGCCGAAAGUGUUCGAUCUGUUGGCCCGGUACGAGAACCAGCUGCUGGGGCACGAUGAGUUCAAUCAGGACAAUUUGGAGUUUCGGACGAAUCUGGUGCUGAUGGCGGUCGAGCAGAUUUACAUUCCCGGGGAGAUGUAUGAUUUUCAGACUACGAGUGUGGCCUAUCGGGAACGGUUGGCCGACUUGUAUCAGAAUGGACAGUUGGAAAGAGUUUUGAUGGGAGAAGGUAGUGCGAAGGUGUUCAAAAGAGUUUGGGACCAUUACCAAAAGGUUCUUCAAGGGAAGGAGUGGAUGUACCAUCCGGGAGACGUCGUUGGCUUCGUCAGAGUUUGCGAGUUCCUGUAUGGGAACAUGCUGGAAAAACCGAGCGAGUUGCCCCAAGCAGUAGCGUCUUUCGUCCUAUCGAUAGGGAUAUCUCUGGUUGAAUUCCAUGAUCCAGAGUACGAAAUUCUUGGAUUGCGAUUAUUCAACGUUCUGUUGAGCGGUCGCCACCGAAAGAUGCUCAAGGAGAGCAACAUCCACGAAGUCGUAUUCCAGCACUCCUUCCGAUUGAGCGCCAAAGCUAAGAGUGAACUUUUUCUUCGGGAGCUUUGGACUUGCCUGUUCCAGUAUGUCAAAAUGACAGCCCUGGAACAGACCGAUUUCAGCGAGUGGUCCAAAGUGGACGACGUGAUCGAAGCUCUGCUAGAAGCACUAUCCUUCGAAUCGAACCUCGCCCUAUCGUCCAUACUCAUCUUGUACCUGCUGAAGCUUCUAUCGCUGGACCUGACGAAUUUCGUCAUCGACGAUCUGGAUGACGUCCAGGCGCUGGACAGCAAGUGCCAUCUGUACGAACCGGUGCUGGAACAGUUGCGGAAGUACUGCGCGCUGGAGUUCCGCAAUCGUCGCUUCUAUCGGUGGCACAAGCGAUUGAUCGCGAUGCUUCCGUUCGAACUGGAGAAAGCUUGCGGUGGGACUCGCGAGUGCGGGAAAUAUAUGCACGGCGUAAAUCUUCUCUUCGUCCUAGCAGUUUUCCCUGUAGAACCGGAAGCCGUUGGCUUCCUGUCGGAUAAGCAAUCGGCUCUGCUCGAUUUCAUGAUCGCGUUCAAACGACACAUGCGCGAUCAGUACGGACGGAUACAAUCGCUCACUGGGAAAUGCGAUUUCCUGCAUUCCUUGAAGGCGUCGGUAUCGUGCGACAAGACGAUUGCCGUUUUCUGCCGGAGUGUGGCGCAAAACUAUUUCCCACAGGACCGGCAGGACUUUUGGACCGUGGUCGGAACGGCUGGGGACGGAUCCGACGAAGCGAGCUAUCAAGAAGAUCGCAUUUUCUACGAGUGCUUGAAGGAGUUACAAACGAGACUAGUAUAGGCUCUGCCAAUGAAGUAUAA